GUUGAUAUUCCCGAAAUACGGCAAAAUGUCAGUGCCUGAGAAUAAUUUGGAAAUUGUGCCACAUCCAAAACGCAUAUUUCUUUACAUACAGUUGAAGAUGAUAGAGAAUCUGCCGACUAUGGAUGGGAAACUUGAAAUACAUCUGAGUCAAGCAAAGAAUACACUUACCAAAUUAGUGGAUGUUUAUCCAACGGAUAAUAUUAUAGACUUGUCGAUAUUUGAUAAAUAUAAGCCCACAUUUAGUCUAAUGGUUGAACAAGAUAACAUUGAAGAUGCGAAUAUAUUAAGUGAUAAUCCAUUAUUACUAACCCUUUACAAUCGUGUAAUGGUUCGUGUGCCACCUGACGAGGUGUCCGUGCGAACGAGAUCGUUGGAAGAUGAAAAAGUAAAGCGAAAAGAGAGUAUUAAAGCAAAUAAAAGACAACGAAGACGAACACCAAAAAGUAUAGAAUUAAAGGCUGACAUUGAAGAAGAAAAAAUGGAAGAGGAAAUCGAAGAACCGGAAAUCUAUGAGGAGGAAUUACGUCCAAUUGCACAGGGGCAUAUCGACCUAUUAAGGCUUUAUACCAAAAAGCGUGAGCUUGCCACUUUCUAUACCAUUUUGUAUCAGAUAUCAAUUUCGGAAGAGUCCUUCUCUUCAUGCACUGCGGCUUGGGAGGUGUACGCUCUGUUGCCGUUACUUAAAGAUAUGACUUUCCAUAAUAUGGUGCAUGUCUCAUUUGAGUCCAUAUUCAAUGUUAAACCAAAUCUGUCCGAAAAUGUAGAUUAUCUGGUUGCCGAUUUCUAUUUUGAAUCGAAAAUUCCAAAUGAAAAUAAUCAGUACGAAAAAGUAAAGUUUUGUACAUUCAAACACUUUAACAAACAACUAGUAACGGCUACUGAUGUACUGCUAGGUUGGGAAAACUUGAGAAGUGCUGAACCUAAAAACUUCGAUUGCAUCGGCAUCUGUUGCCAUUUUUCCAUAAAUACCUUCAAUAUAUUUCGUCAUCUGGUGUAUGAAGAAAACUCAAAAAUCCAUGUCAAGAACGUCGAUUUCAGAAAUUCCGUAAUAUCCAGCAAUGCAACUCACCGUUUUGUGCUCACCGAAGAAUUCGCUCGAACUUUAGAGGAUGUUUUAGCGUUCGAUGAGCAACAAAUACUAAUUGAAAUGUACCAUAUUGAUAACCCAGAUGAUAUUAUUGUUAAAGGACAUAUUGAUCCAUCAAUCUUGCUCUAUCCAGAAGUUAGCUCUAAAAGGUUCGCGGUAGAGCUGUCUUCUACCGACAACAAACUUGUUAAACAUUCCAUAAAGCCCUCGUCCGCAAAGUUUAGUUCAAUUCGAGUGCUUGAGGAGCCUACUUUUGCCAUUAUUUCCAUAUGUUUCGCAACACCGCUGACGGAAUCGUUCAUACUAACCACCUUGCAAGAUACAAAACUUCCAAAGUUUCUGUCAAAGUACAAUGAAAAUAUAAGCUCGCGAAUGGAAGCUCAUUACGCUUUCGAAAAAGAAAUAAAAAAACUAAUUUUGUUUAUCGUGAAAAAUGAUAUAAAGAAACUGGAAGAUGCUAAGGGGGUAUUAUGUUGUCACAAGGAAAAUUUAACGAAUCAGAUUUUCAAGCUUAUCUCCAGCGAUUUUAAUAUCAAAAAACCAACAGAGGAUGCCAUAGAGUUCCAUAAUCUCAUGACUACUGUGUACAAAGAAACUGUCCAAACCACUUAUAAUAUUUUGCAAAAUUUAAGAAAUCAUGUUUCAACAUUUUCAUUUCCUGAAACUGAAAUUGACAAUAGAAUCCUUAACUACUUUUCGAUUGCUCAGUAUUUUUCGGUGCUUGGGGAAGAAUAUUUCGCUAAGAUCCUUUGUGACAAGGCUGAAAAAUUGGCUGCGGGAGACACUAUUUUCAAUUUCUUCAAACUUGUAAUGGCUGUGGAAAAACUAGAUUUUGAAAACGCGAAGAAAUAUUAUUCGCUCCCGAGUAAUAAACAAUUUGAACUGGGUCUCCACUUUACAGAACUGAUUAAAUUAUAUAUAAAUUAUGUGGAAACUUUGGCAAAUGAAACGACGUUUAAUCAAGCAAUGGAAAAUUUGAUCGUCAGUCUUCGGGAGGAGGUUAUUGCCUUUCCAAACGACCUCUGUUACUGGGUUUUGCUGCAUUGUAUUUUCAAAUAUUGCAGUUAUUUGCCAGGAACUAAUUACACACGCUGGAAAUAUGAACAAUUAGAAUUAGAGGUGGAACCUAAACUACCUGUAAUGCCACCGUCUCGUUUUAUGUUAAUUAAUCCAUAUGAAAUAAAGGCGCCAAUUACGGUUAAGGAAACAUUAUUCCUUAAAGUAUUUACAAUCCUGACCAGAUUGGGAUUAUAUAAAUUCGCUGUAUUCGUUUUCAAAGAAUUGGAAAUGUCAUGCCAACCGUUUGAACGGUAUCUUACACUCACCACACUGAAGAUACUCUCGAAAGAAGUCCUUACCAAUUAUCAGCCAAAAACGUUUCCGGUUACCAAACCACUGGAAAAGUAUUUCAUAACAAACAUAAAUGGUCAUCUGGAGUACAGUCGCGGCGCUAUCGAUUAUGCAAUACAAAACUACUGGAAACUUUUAAUAAAUGACCAUGAAAUAUCAAGCAGACAUUAUUUGUUGGCCUUGCUACGUUACGGUUUCCAUAUGCUGAAGAUAGGGAAUUAUCAAGAGGCCGUGGAGGCAUUUCAAAAAUGCGACAGCGAUGACACCAAACUUAUUGCCAAAUUUUAUUUGGCCAAAGCUUUAUUCAAAAUGAAUAAGCUUGAAGAUGCGGAACGCGAAUUGGCCACUUGUACAAAUUUUAAAGUUCAUAUACCGGAUGUGUGGGGUUAUCUAGCGUUGAUUAAUCUUUUGUUGAAGAGAAACUUCAAAGCCCUCGAGUUUUGGAAAUAUGCCAAAAUUCAUCCCGAUAUUGAAUUCAGCAGAGACCUUCAAGAGGAUUUAAGAAAUGUUGAUAUCUAUGAUGUUGUGCUUUAUGUUGAUAAACCUCCUGUAAUUCCAUGCAUGACAUUAACGUCGUAA